GGGAGGAGGAGGAGGCUCUCCUCCUCCUCGUGACUGGGCGCGGCAGCUUCCUCCUCUUCCUGCUCAACCACAGCCUGGACGCGAACCUCGCCCACGGGACCUCAGCAGCCAGACUCCACGUUCGCGAGUGUGUUUCUGUUUGCGCGACCCAAGCGCCGUCGCUAUGAACGUGGACCACGAGGUGUCGCUGCUGCUGGAGGAGAUCAGGCGGCUGGGAGCGCCCGGCCAGGACGGCCUCGUGCGGGUGAAGUUCGGGACGCUGUUUGCGGACGACCGCUGCGCCAACCUGUUCGAGGCGCUGGUGGGGACGCUGCGCGCCGCCAAGCGCCGCAAGCUGGUGACCUACGAUGGCGAGGUGCUGCUGCAGGGCGCUCACGACCACGUGGACAUCGUGCUGCUGGCGCAAGCCUGAGGCCUGGCAAGCGCGCGGGAGGUGGCCUCGACGGCACGGGGGGCGGGGGGGUGGGGACGGUGGCGGCGCCGCCAUCCGUCGAGCGCUUGUCCACGUUACUGUGCCGUGACUCUCGCACUCGGCCGAGAACAUCGCCGCCGGCCGUGGUCUAAACGCUGCUGGAUGGAGGCCUUUCAUCUCUCACGGUCUUGCCAUGUAACAAAGUAAAAGAUUGCCCUGUAGCCUCGUAGACUGUCGGGGCAAGUGCUGUGUGAUGUUCCUAUCGUUGUGUUUACAUCGCAGAGAAAUACGUGAACGCGACGGUGAACUUGCACAGCUGUUAUGAUGAUGCCAGCUUUGGACGCGCUCACGGAUCGUGGAUAACCCAAGGAUGGAAGUUGUGUGCGGGUUGUAACCCAAGGAUGGUUGGACUGCUGGCGGUGAUGAUUUGUAAGUGGGCUUUAAGUCUGCCACAAUUAGCCAAUGCCAUUGUUACCUAUUUGUAAUUGUCAAUCCACUUUUACUCGUUCAUAAUUGGUAAAAAAAACAAAGAUCCGUGAUCGCGUGCACUGCUGAAGCAGCAACUGUGACGGACCAACACUGCCACUCGCCCACGUAUGUCGCGUCACCGAGUUUUUCACUGGAAUUCUUAUUUUGGAGUGACGUGCGGAAUUGAGAUGUGGAAUAUAUUUUUGUGGAACUGUAUACAUUUAAGACUUUUCAAAUAAAAUGGAUUUGCUUCUUAAGGAUGAA